AUGGAUCCAUCGACCAGAUGUAGGUUUCUUGGUUUUAUCUAUGAUACAGUUACAAUGUCUAUCGAAUUGCCAGAAGAGAAAGAAACAAAAAUCGGUGAACAGAUUAGAAAAAUUAGCACAGUUACACAGUGUUCCAUCCGAGACUUCGCGAAGUUCAUAGGAUCCUUAGGCGCAUGUUGUACAGCAUUGAAAUUUGGUUGGGUACACAUGAAAGAUUUCGAGAGAGAAAAGUUUUUGGCGUUACAAAGAAACAACGGUAAUUUUGAGGCUUGUAUGUUAUUAAAUACUGAAUUAGAAAGAGAUUUUAACUGGUGGAAGUCACAUAUUACUACGGCAAAAUGUGCCAUUAGAAGGUUCAGUCCAGUCUUGGAAAUAUUCUCAGAUGCAUCACUCUCAGGUUGGGGGGUAUACUGUCAGGGCCAUAGAACUCAUGGACAUUGGAAUAAAGAGGAAAAGAAAUGUCAUAUCAAUUAUUUAGAAUUGUUAUCGGCGUUUUUUGGUCUUAAAUGUUUCGCAAAAAAUCUAAAAAGUAGCGAUCUUUUGUUACGAAUCGAUAAUACGACUGCGAUUGCCUAUAUAAACAAGAUGGGCGGUAUCCGUUUUAAAAAAUUGAGCAAGUUGGCUAAACAGAUCUGGGAGUGGUGUGAAGAGAGAGAUCUUUGGAUCUUCGCUUCAUAUAUAAGAUCAACAGAAAAUGUCGAGGCGGACUUCGAGUCGAGGCGUUUGGAGCCUGAAACGGAAUUUACGCUAUCAAAUACGGUUUUCCAAACAAUAGUACGAAAGUUUGGAAAACCGGAUAUCGAUUUGUUUGCGUCCCGGAUAAACACUAAAUGUUCGCGUUAUGUCUCAUGGAAAAGAGACCCAGGAGCAAUGGCCAUUGACGCAUUUACGAUCAAUUGGAGACAAUUUUAUUUUUACGCGUUUCCUCCAUUUUCGGUCAUACUUCGAGUUCUGGAAAAAAUAAAAGCUGAAGGUUCAAGGGGUAUUGUAGUGGUCCCGAAGUGGCCGGCCCAGGCAUGGUACCCAAAAACCACAUCCACUUUGGGAAAAGAUUACCCUGGUUGUCGGAACAUUGUCAGGGAAGCGUUCAAGCGGAGAGAGGUCCCGGUAGAAGCAUUAAACAUCAUGCUCUCCUCGUUAACAGAAUCCUCGGUUAGACAAUAUGACUCUUCUCUCAAGAAAUGGUGGAGAUUUUGCCAAAAAGAGUUUCAAGAAAGGGAAGUUUCUUAUAGUACACUCAACACGUGUAGAUCAGCAAUAGCCUUGUUACGAGGUCCAGAAGUGGGAGAGGAUACGAGGGUAAAGAGAUUCUUCAAAGGAAUUGAAAAGCUACGACCUAACAGACCCAAAUAUGAUUCUACAUGGGAUCCUAAGGUAGUAUUGGAUAAGAUAAAUCACUGGGGAUCUAACGAUGUUAUGACAUUAGAGAGAUUAUCCCAAAAAUUAGUAACACUUCUCGCCCUCAUCACUGGGCAUCGUAUCCAAACACUGAAACUGAUUGACAUUAGAAACAUUCAUAAGGUAGAAGAGAUCAGUCCCACCCAGUUUAUACCCGAUUCUAAUCUAUUAGAACCCCCAAUAGUUACGGCAGCACUUUAA